AGAAGUUCUUUGCUGGAUUCAAUUUUAUUUUUAGUUUCUCAACCGGGCCGGAAGAGCAGCACGUUUCGGGGGUGGACACGGACACCGAGACGCCUCUACAACAAAUGCCCGUCCGUGUGGCACGUGCCAGUUACUGAGCGUGUUUUUACGCGAAGGAAUAGGGAAGCGGCUCGGCGAGAAGGGACUUGUAGAGGGGAUAAAGAGCUCUCUGGUCGCUCCCGGUAUCCCGCCGCGACGGGAUGGAGUGGCUGUGCGGACCUGAGCUGCCUUUCUGGGUAGCCAAUUAUACGCUCCACACAGAGCGACCCGACCUCCCAGAGUGUUUUCAGCUCUCUGUCCUGUCAUGGCUGCCGUGCAUCUAUCUGUGGGUCGUGUGCCCUAUCUACCUCUUCUGUCUUAAGAGGAACAACAGAGGCUACAUCAUGAUGUCCAUUAAGAACAGGUUCAAAACGGUGUUUGGCUUGUUAUUAUGGAUAGUGUGUUGGAUAGAUCUCUUCUACACAUUCCACGAGCUGCGGCAGGGACACAGCCAGCCGCCCAUCUACUUCAUCACCCCGCUGGUUCUCGGCAUGACCAUGGUGAGAUUACAGGAUCUCCAUCUAAACACAGUUGCACAAGAACCGAUAUACAGUCCUAAAAAAUGCCUCCUGUUGAUUUUCAAAGCAGCUCUUGCUGUCUUCUAUCAGUUGUUUGUUCUUCAAAUUCAGAUUUUUGCUUGGUUAAUAUGUCCACCAUUGUAUGACUUUAGAAAUUGUUUUUGAAUAAGUAGAACUUUUGGCUGGCCUCAAGGAGGUUUUGGCAAAUAAUCUGACAACUCAGGAAGGAAAAGCAGGGCUUGGCCCAGGCUGUGUUUGGCAGUUGAGGAGAACUGCUGACUCAGAGUGGGGCUAUUGUCAGGCGGUGGAAGGAGCACUUUGAGGAACUCCUGAACCUGUCUAACAUGUCUUCCGAGGAGGAAGCAGAGUUGGAAGACUUGGGGUAAGCCUCACUCAUAUCUCUGGCAGAGGUCUCUCAGGCACCAGAAGU